AGUGCUUAUCUCUAUCCUCCUCCACAUUCUCCUUCUUCUUCACAUAUUUCCAGAAAUACCCCUCCAGAUAUAUAUAUAUACACACAUACAGUAUAUAGAUAUAUAGAGAGAAAGUGAGAGAGGGGAAAAAAUGGGGAAUUGUCAAGCGGUAGAUGCGGCAGCGCUGGUUGUACAGCAUCCCGGCGGGAAGAUAGAGCGGAGGUACUCGCCGAUAACGGCUAGUGAGGUGAUGAAAUCGAACCCCGGCCACUACGUUUGUCUCAUCAUACCUCUGCCCGUCGCCGGAGAUGAGAAUUCCGGCAACCGGUUAAGCACCGUCAAGCUUCUUAAGCCUACCGAGACUCUGGUUCUCGGCCGGGCUUAUCGCCUUCUUACCACUCAAGAGGUAGGGAAAGUGUUGAGAGAUAAAAAGCACAAAAAGAUGAAGACAGAUUCACACAGGGAGCAGAGUGAGGGGUGUGAAAUGGAAGCUGUCAUUGAUGAAGAAAUCAACAAUUACCCCAGCCAAGGCAUGAGACAUAGGCAGAGGUCCGGGCCAAGAAAACCCGGCGCGGAGAGGUCUAACAAGUCAUCAUGGCGCCCUUCGCUGCUUAGCAUUUCCGAGUCUCUGAGCUGAUACAACUUAUAAACCUCCCAAGUUUACCUGCAAAACAAUAUAAUCAUCCCAUGAAGAAGAUGAAGAAGUUAUAUUUGGACUGUACAUUGAGAAGAAGAAGCAAGAGAGGGAAGGUUGAUUAUUCAUGCUCAAUACAUAUAUAUAUAUUGUAUAUGCAAAGCAUAUUUAUGGAGUAAAUUCCACGAAUGGUCUCUUCUGUAUUUGGGGACAUUGCAUAAUUUAGCCCAAUAUUUUAUAAAAUUCUAUGCGAUUAGAGGCUCGCUUUCAUCGCGAGAAUUGCGAAUUUUGGUUUUCUUUCCAUUGAUAGUUUUUCAAAAUGACAAGGACUAAAAAAUAAGUAGCAACCUUGCCUCUAAUAGAGACCAGGGAGGUGU